UAGUUGUGUAUCUCAGUGUCCACUGGUCGUUCUCAGCUCGUUACAGCAGCAGAUGAAUUUUGCUGCAGUCGUUAAACAUUUGGGGAUUUCUCCCAGUAAAUAAGGGAGUUUCUCUGUGUCUGUUUUAAAUUCAAAUUCGGGGCAUGUUUGUGUUAUAUGUGUGAAAUAUUUGUUUCUUAACGUUUGAUAUUUUGGACAUGAGGUGAGGAAGUGGAGCUCUGUCUCUACCUGUCCUCUGUCACACUGGGAGCAGAGUCUGUCCUCCUCUGGCAGCCAGUUCUGUCUGUGGCGACCUGUUUCUAUGGCAAGACUGUGUCCACUGAGUCUGUACAUAGCCAACACUUUCCUCACUGAAGCACUUUGGAUUGUGCUCAGAUAAUUUGCUAACGUGUAUUCUCUUUUUAGGGCCAGAUAACAUUGUAAUUUACUCUGUGUUUUGGUUGUUUCUUUCCAAUAUGUAAUGUAUUUUUCUUUCUGAUGGUUUAUCAUUUGGUUGGGUCUGAUUGGGUUGGUGUUUUGGUCUGCAGAGAGCCUCAGGACCAGCCGGCCGAGGGGACUCUUCUCUGGGCAGCUGAGGGCUUUGUGAUGUGUUGGUGUGGACAGUGUUUUCCUGCUGAAACCUUCUCCAGUUACAUUUUGACGAUCACAUAGAUGAUCAGAUCUUCGUGAAGCAGACUGUUCACCUUCAAUGUGAGCAUGGAUAAAGAAGUCAAACAUGAUGAGAUAUGUAAAGUGUUGAUCACUGAGCAAACGAAGCAUCCUUCUCUGGGACAAACAGUUCUGGUCAAGCCAUGGGACUCUGUGGAGUCAGACACAGAGAGCUUGGCCCAAGAGAGAGUUUACCAAAAGCAGCUACAAAUGCGUAUUGGCCACCAUGACCAAAUUAAAUACAUACAGCCUCAAAAGGAGAACACUGACAGCUUACGGCUGGGAGAGGAUGACAAUUCAAAUGAUGAUGAAACUGAAGAUCUUCAGAUUUAUGAUAGCCUCGAUGUAGCAACGCACCCCCAUGCCAAAAGGAACCCCAGCCUCUUACAGACUGAAUGUUUGGACACACAAAUAGAUGAAAGACAAGAAACAAGCCAGCUGUCCAGUGAUGAUGCCUAUUCUGACCUACGCUAUGACCCCAACUGGAGGACCAACCUGAGGGGAGCUGGCCGCUUCCAUGACAACCCACAGAUUUCCAUUGAGGAAUAUUACCAAGUCCCAAAAGAACAAUCCAGUCAGUCGUGUGGUGACACGCAGGGACUGGUAAUAAAAGGAGGAUACAGAUACAUUGUUGACACAAGUCCAUCUGUGGUGAUGACUCCUCAUAUGGCUGGCAAUGAGUUUGACCAGCCGUACCGCCUACACUCACCAGAUGAUCAGACGAGCUCAGUAACAUCUCCCCACAGCCAUGCUUUACAGCUUCCAUCACCAGAGGCUGACCACUUAAAGCCAUCCUGCUUUUUCAAUAAAAAUGAAAGUGACAGAGCCUUACACAAAGGAUUCAGAAACAAGCAUGAAAAUAGCUAUGACAAUGCUGGGGGAAAUAUUAUCAGAUCUCCUGGGCUGACCAAGGAUAUGCAUGCUAUGUCCAUCCAAGAAUUUAAGACCUACCAACAGCAAGAACGGAGACAAGGAGGACCCCCUGGAAAACAGCAAACGUGCACAUCCACAAUUUCCAAGGUCCCACAUAGUAAAAAGCCAGAAAGACUGACAGAGGACAUGGUGGAACGCAACAAAAUAACCCUGGGGCGUAACAUAUCCAAAUGUGGCUCCUACAUGCGUGUGCAUGCACUUAAGCAGGAGACGUCACGUAAUGUUAAAAAGGUGCAUGAAACUCCUAAGGAGACAACCAGUGCAGAAAGUCAAGAGGACAGUGCAGACCCUGACCAGAUGUGGCUCCAGAAAACUCAACAGUUGAGGGUCACCCAGAUCAGGGAUGGGAAGAAAGCCCAGCGGAAACAACACCCCAAUCCCCCUGAACAGCAGCAGCACCCUGCCCGGGGGGUCAAAGCUGAGGGGGGAGACUGUCUGAGCUCCCCAUUGGCAAGUCCAGCCGCUGUUACCCAGCCAGAUCCUCAGGCGACGACCUCAUCGCAGCCUUUGCUCCCCGCCAUCCACCUCAACAUCCUGCUCAACACUUCAUCCCAUCUCCUUCCAUUCAUCCAGCAGAGGGACCAGGAUGACAUCAUCGAGUUAGCAUCACUUCAUGGCUGUCCUGAUUGGAGCCCUGCAUCUGAAGUUGGACUCACCUUGUCCCCUGGAUGUCAACAAGCAAAUCCAGGAAAGUCCUACCAGAAGUCUCAGAAAGGGGUAAAAGCACACCUUCGCAACCGAAACCUGGAGAGUAGGCCCGAACAAUGGCAAAGGACACCUGCAUUAGAGGGGCCAGUAUCCUGUGAAGAAGGGGACCAGAAGUGGAUUCGAAGUGAGAGUUACACUAAGCAAUUUCCACAAAACUUCCCAAGGACACCCACCACCCCUUUGUCACUGGGUUCAGGCUGCUACACAGUUUUGCCCCCUAUACGACAGUCAUUGAGAGGAGCGGAGUCUGAGCUCAGCCCUGGUCAGAGUGUAAAAACAGCCUACCCCAUCCAUAGAAGCAGCUCUGACGGCUAUCUUGUUCAGAUGGAGAAACAGAAGCAGCUGAGGGCAAGAGUCACUUACAAGGCAUACAGUCUUAAAGACUACACGCAGCUGAAAUCAGAUAUAAAUCUGCGAGGCCUGGGUCCCGACUACAAAGCUGUUGAAAAGACAGUAAGUACUGACCUGCAACAUCAGUCAGAAAUUUUCACUGACUCACCAGUAUGUGUUAGGUGGGCUCAUAACCUCCUCAGGGUGUAUGGUUGUGUGUGUGUUUGUGUGUGUAAGUAUCUGUCUGUUCACAGCUAAUCUGGCAUACUACUAGACCUAUCAGCCUAAUAUGUUGUGUGCACAUUCAUGACUGUAUGAUCAAGGAUCUCUCAAGGUUGCGGGGAUUCAAACGGAGUUAUUGUCUGUUUUAUACCGUCAUUGACUGGUGACUCCUCACUCCUCUUAACUGGCCGGUAGGAGCAGCAAGUUUUCUGGAAAUUGGCUUGACUAAAAAACAACAAGCCUUACCGUCUGUUGCAGGCCACAUUUUGGCCUUCGUCGUCGCUCAGAAACUGACAUUCAUAGAAAAGUUUGGUGUCAUUUUGAACGGGAGCAUCUACAGCUUUAAUUCCAUACCUGAUAUGUUAUUAUCCACUAAAGUAAGGUACAAUACAAGGUAAAGUCAUCUGGGAUCUGGGUAGGACAAUUCCACAGGGUGUAGCUGCUGCAAGUUGCAGCUUGUAUCACUGCACCCAAUUUUGUUCUGUGUGCUGUUAUUGUGCUGUAGCGUACAGACAAAGUUAGCAUUCUUAAAAGUUUAGUUAUAAAUGACAUGGACCAAAGAUUUGGUGAUUUGAUUUGGAUGUGUUCCAGUUAUUGAAUAUAUAUAUUCAUCCUUAUAAUUAUUUGGUAUCUAAAUUUCACAUACAGUGCCUGUCAGUAGGAGAACUCUAUCUGCUCUGUGCAAUGUAGCUCCCUAACAAAUAGACAUGGUGCGUCUUUUUAUUAGCUACUGGGGGGCUUCUGACAUGUGCUGCACUGUGUCAGCUGGAAUUAUAAAAUUUGUCUAGUGUGGCUGCAAUCAGCCUGGAUGACCGCCUGGCAGAGAUCUACACUCUACUGAGUGGACUUUUCUAGUUUAUCAAAAAACUGCACAGAUAGAUUUAAGUGUUGUUGGAUAGUGUGCAUGAGCAGGCCUUGAAAUGGUCAACAUGGCUGUGUUCUGAAUGUUUCCUGGGCAGUUGGUGAAUACAAAGUGGGUUUACUGUUCUUUUUUUUUAUCGUAUAUUUUGGUUUGCAGCCGUUGAUAUCUUAGACCUGAAAUUAUAUUCAUGUUAAGAUGGAACACUGCCAGAGCACUUUUAACCCCACACUGGGAUACUAAACAUUAAAUUUAAAAAAAAUCCUCAUCAUUAAAAGGCCAAUAAAAGGCCAUAUGGGGUCAACAUACGUAAGCUAAAACAAUCAUAUAAUAAACACGAUUUAAAAAAAAAAAUCCUUGAUAUCCUUGAUCCUUGAUGAUAAUGAGACUUGAAGACUGAAAAGGCUGAAUGGGCAACACAAAACCAAAUAGACACUGCACAAACAGGUACACACACAGAUUCACACACAGCCAGUUCUGCAUUUGGCCACAGACAGGUGUUUCUGCACUAGGUCACCCAUUUUAUUCUUAUUCCCAUAACAUGUAGAAAGGUGUUGGACAGUUUUACUAACAGAAAUGUUUCUCUUGAUAAUUAGCAAAUAAGAUUAAAAUAGAAAUCUAAAAGAAGCUGUAAUUGAGAGAGAGUGAUAGUGUCACUAAUAGAGAAAAGUACCUGGUACCAAAAUUGCCUGAAGUCAAGUCCAGCUGAACUAUAUAGUGUAAAUAAGGCAUUGGUUUACACUGGGCAGGAGACAUAUAUCUGCCUCUGUAGCUUCCAUGACAGCGGUCUGGUACAGUUUUUACAUGCAUUUAUCCAUCUUCUGAGAAAUUUUUCACCAAUAUGAGGCAGAAAUGUAUCUGUAGACAAGCAUCCAAAUUAUUUUUUUUGCUUUCUACAUUUAAGAACCUUUCUGGCCUUUAAUUAUUUUUUCUAGCCAAAAAAAUAGAAGAUAAUACAGGACAACAGGAUACAAAAGCUGCCCCACAUACCAGGAUGUUAUUUGCUGUUAGGCAAUAUCAGCUGUAAGGAGUGACUCAUGAAGAAAAAGAAAUAUGAUUAGAAUUUGUUUGGACAAAUGUGAUUGGUUGUCUUUCAGUCAGCCUUCUGUGCCUAAAUCCUGAUGUCCACUAGUGUCAUUGUACCCGCUGACCCUCUUCCCAUUGUCUGAGUUCAUCAUUUAAAGGCUCCCAUGCUGUCCCGCAGAUAAAAUUCAUUUACAAAGCAAACGAGAGCACCCCUAAGAAGUUAAGUGCUUUGUACUGUGAUGUAUCUUUUGUUAAUCCCCAGUUGUAAAAAGUGAGCAUGUUUGGCCAAUUUACACUAGAUUGAGCCCCGGGCAUCUUCAGGUCCAAGCCUAUUAGUGAAUGAUAUGUGUAAAUGUUGAUAGGCCCGCUGAAUGGCUCGCUGUGUUUGGUUUUGUUAGGCUGUGUGGAGAGGCUCUGCCGGGGGGGGACGCACAAAGAGAAGGGCCUUAAGGGAGAAAUGGCUCC